CUGUCCGUAUUUGGCGUCCCACCUGAGUCCAGUCAUUCCGGCGGCCGGCGCCGUCCUUUUCAUCUUUGUGAUGGGGAUGCUGUUCAGGGCGAGCUUCAGUGACCCGGGCGUCCUGCCCAGAGCGACGCCGGACGAGGCCGCGGACCUGGAGAGGCAGAUCGACCAGACGGGAUGCUCGAAGCCUCCGCCUCGCACCAGAGAGGUGCUCAUCAACGGACAGACGGUCAAACUCAAGUACUGCUUCACCUGCAAAAUCUUCCGGCCGCCUCGAGCGUCGCACUGCAGCCUCUGCGAUAACUGCGUUGAGCGUUUCGACCAUCACUGUCCCUGGGUGGGGAACUGCGUCGGCCGCAGGAACUACCGCUUCUUCUACCUCUUCAUCCUCUCCCUCUCCUUCCUCACCAUCUUUAUCUUCGCCUUCGUCAUCACGCACAUCGUCCUCAGUGAGUAACUCCACUCCUGCCGCCUCCUCACACUGUUUGUGUUAUGAUUCACCAGCGGAUCUCUUUAAAAACAGGAUUCUGAUCAUCUUUAGACACAAAACUUAUAUCCCUGUUUCCAGUCUCCCGUCAGAGUGUGAAGAAAAGCAGAUAAGGAAAAUUGGAACUGCAUGUAGAAAUAGAUUAUGAUAGAGUGAAACUAGUGGUGUGGUUUAAAUUCAUCUCUAAAGAAACGUAGGAAAUUAAUAUUAUGUUCCCUGGAAACAUAAUGGGACGGCCAUAGAACCCUGAGGAACUCCAUGCAGUUGCUCUAAACCAGAAUCAAAGAUGGAUCCAGGGGCGAAUUUAGGAAAUUUGGGGCCCUAGGCAAAGACAGGCAGGGGGCCCUUUGAAUUCAGAAGACAACCCAUA